UUUUCUGGGUAGAAUUAAUCGUCCGCCAUUAUUGCACCAUGCCACCGAAAAAGAAAGGUGGCGAAGCAAGCAAAAAGAAUAUCGAAAAAAAGAAAGACAAAGUUAUCGAGGACAAAACAUUUGGAUUGAAAAAYAAGAAAGGGAAGAAGCAGCAGGACUACGUAAAACAAGUCACUCAACAGGUGAAAUAUGGAGGAAAUCCAAGCGCAAGAAAGCUCCAACAAGACCAGGAUAAGAAAAAGAUAGAGGCUGAAGCUAAGAAAAAAGAAAAAGAUGAAGCUAACAAGUUAUUCAAACCAGUCAUAACUCAAAAAAUAUCUGCAGGUGCUGAUCCUAGAUCAGUUGUUUGUGCAUUCUUCAAACAAGGACAAUGCUCAAAGGGCGACAAGUGUAAAUUCUCCCAUGAUCUCAGUCUUGAUAGAAAAGGAGAGAAAAGAAGUUUGUAUGUUGACCAGAGGGAUGCAGAGGAAGACUUAAAAAAUGAUACAAUGGAUAAAUGGGAUCAACAGAAAUUGGAAGARGUUAUUGAGAAAAAGCAUGGAGCCAAAGAAAAAUGCAUGCCAAAAACUGAAAUUGUAUGUAAAUACUUCCUUGAGGCUGUCGAAAAAAACUUGUAUGGUUGGUUCUGGAGUUGUCCCAAUGGUAAUAAAUGUAUAUACAGACAUGCCCUUCCUCCUGGGUUUAUACUAAAAAAGAAAGAACAAAAAGAAGAUAAAGAGGAAAUUUCUAUAGAAGAAUUUAUUGAAACUGAGAGACAAAAACUUGGUCCCAACUUAACUAAAAUCACUUUAGAAACAUUUUUACAAUGGAAACAACGCAAGUUAAAAGAAAAAAAGGAAGCAUAUGAAAAGGAACAAGAAAAGAAAAAAGAUGAUUUCAAAUCUGGCAGAAUCGUUGGCAAGGUUAGUGGCCGUGAAGUGUUUCAGUUUAAGCCAGAGCUUGUUGGUGAAGAUGCUGACGACGAAGGAGAAACAGAAGACAUCAGUAUUUAUAGGAAAAAGGAUGAAGAUGAAGAAGAAGUCAAUGUCGUAGAUGUGUCAGUAGAAGCAAUGGCUGCUGCUGCAAGAGAAGCUGAUGGAAGUGGUUCAAUAGCCAAAGAAAGAAUUACAGAAAAACAGCAAACAAAUGGGGUCCCUGACACAAAAGAUGCAGAUGUCAAUGGACUUAAUGAAGCUUGUGGAGGCACAACAUCAGAAAAUGCUCAAGAAAGUCCACCAGUUGUUGAUGGAAUUCCUAUAGAAGAAAGUUUGUUUGAUGAAGAUAUCGAUGAAUUGGAAUUAGAUGAAUUAGAAAUAGCCGAUUGACAAGAACACCAUGAGAACCUAAUUUAAAAAUUCAGUUAUUAUACUGCAAAAGUUCUACGUCAAGGACCAUGUUUGCAAAAUUAUUGAAGAACUUUGAGAGAAGGCAUCAGUGUCAGAAAUCCUUUUAAAAAAGCUCUUGUACAAUCUCAAUAUUGCUUUCCUUUGUCAAAAUUGUGAUAGCAUAGUAGUAAUUCAGGUUUGAGACAUCAAAACUCUAGUUUCAAGUCCAGAUACAAUCCAUUUGAGGACUCCCCUCCCCCCUUCCCCAGUUAUAUCCUUGUAUCUCAUGGUUGAGAUUGUAACUGUAAAUUGAACUGUAAAUUUGCAUGCCUCUUACUGAAAAUUCUGGAUCUUUCCAAAUCUUUAUUUUGUGGAUUACAAUAUCACAAACAUUAAUCUCUUACUGGAACUCCUAUAAUGUUUUUACUGUAAAAUCACAGUAAUGCCAAUUGACACCAAAAUCUGUUAUCUAAUCUUGCAUUAUAACACCUUAGAAAAACUAUUAAAUAUCUAUUUUUAAA